AUUCACUGAGAGUUACAAGACGAGCUGUGACAAAGGCGCCUUUUAGUAGAGAAUGUAAUUCAACAUAAAUUUUGCAAACUAGAUAAUACAAGAAAUGCCCCUAAAACAAAGUCCAAAUCUUGUCCAUCUCCCUAGCGAAAGCGUGUGACCCUCGUGUCGUUGCGGGCAUCUCUCCGAAUCAAAAGGGAGCUCUCGAUUCUCACAAUUACCCAAAAUUCCUUAAAACACAAACUCCAGUUAUUGAUUUUUGCAAGGAAAAGGACAUCCCAUUAGCUCUGAUCUGGCUGAAGGACAUUCUUUUCGCUUUUCCCUUUCAUUUAGGUGCAAGAAUUGUAUCCGGUUGCAAAAGAUUCGGUGUGUAAGCUAUGGUUCUUGAAGUUAAUAUAUCUUCACCUCAUAGGAGGUCACAGACGCAGACUGCAUUUUCAACUUCAUCAUCAUUAAAAAGACAACAUUCCCGAGGUGAUGAAUUUGGGAGCUGUUCGACUCUACUUCAGCGUCACCGCUUCCUGCUAACUGCGCUUGCCCUCCUAGCCUUUCUCUGCACUGUCUAUCUCUACUUUGCAGUCACUUUAGGGGCCGGUGACUCAUGUUCUGGCUUGAAAGGGACUCAAAAAGCAGCAUGCUAUGUGGAGCAUGGAAAAGCAUCUAUGGCCAAAGGGAAACUCAAGUUCUUCUAGCACAUUGAUGGUUUUCUAGCUGAAAUAGCGGUUAGCUGAAUGAUUGCUCCUUUCUUUCCUUGUGAGGGGCAUACUCGUAGCUCAAUGUAACAUUCCUCCUGUAUUCUUUUAGACGU